CUCUGGUCAAAAAGCUGGUGGAUGACAAGAAGUUCUACCAGUUGGAGUUGGUCAACAGAGAGACGGGGUUCAACAAAGUCUUCAAUUCCAGUGCCAAUGUGGGGGUCAUCAACCCUUUAAUAAAGCGUGACUUUCACCUCUCAGCUGAGCAGUCAGGCAGUAGAGGAGGAGCAACAGCAGCCGUGUGGAGGGAUUUCAGUGUGAACGACGGUGACAAACGUGAAGCAGACUGCCACCAAAACUGUUUAAAAGAGGGAGAAAAUCCAGCACUUUCAACACAAGCGGUUUGAAUAACAUCAGAAUGCAGAGCUUAGUUUUCUGCAUAUGUGAGUCGUAAAAACACAAUAUUAAUUUAUAACUUUCAUCACGUUUCAAUCUGCAAGUUGCACUUUAAAGACCACCCUUAGCACUUGUAACAUCUGCACUGAGUUUUUUCAUCACUCCUUUGAUAAUCACAGAACUAUGAAACAUGCAGUUGCACCUUUGCAGCCAUUUAAUUUUAUGUGUUAAGUUAAAAACAAUAAAGAUCCAUUGCACGCUAAAAAGCCGACACAGUAAAAUGGACUUUUUUCAUGCAAAAUGCAAAAAGGCUGCUGUGUUCAACUUAACACAAUUAGCCACCACUGAUCAGUACUAAAUGAGCAGAGCUCAUAGUAUAAAUUACUUUCAUUGAUUGUGUUUGUGUUGUAAUGAAAUGGAUCUUCAGGAAACAGAAAACUCUGCUGCAGCUGUUAGCACCCAGGAAUUGUUGUUUUUUCAAAUGCCUGUUUAUUUAACUUGACUCAUUCUUGUUUGUUCCUUCUGUUUUUAUUUUAACGUGUUUGAUCCUGCAUGCAGUUUGCCGUUCGCAGCACAAAACGUUCUCAUUCAGCCCGUGUGAACGCCUCACACCUCCUCUCGUCGGGUUUGUCACAAAGACUUGAUAUCUGCUUACAGAGCUGCUCAUCAUCCUUUCUGUGCGCACGCAGCUGUCAGAGCUAAUGUUGUUCCCAAACAACAGCGUUCCGUUUCAAGUCACAACAUCAGCUCAUCAUCCUCCUCCUCCUCAUCAUCUUCCAUCCUCCUCGUGGCUGUGGCUUGUUCAGAUUGGAUCACAUACACUUCCUUUCUCUUCUCAGUUGCACAUCAGAGCUGUAAUUUCUAAUUCUGUUGACUUGUCUCAGUCUAAAGAGAGCCACAGUGGCAGGCCGCAUCCCUUUCACUCCUCCACUGAGAUUAGGCUGCAGUCGUUUUAUGCAUAUGAAUAUGAAAUAUAGAAUUUGUCUUUUGAUGGAUUUCUUUAGAUGCUCGAAAAAUGAUUGUCCUGAAAAUCUUAGACUACAGUUUCUGAAAAAUCAAACCUAGGCAUAUGAGUUUGGCCUGUUUGAGGACUAGCCUGAAGAAGUUUAUUCAUUUUAUUUCAUGGGAUGAAAUUUUCCUUAAAAACAUUGUAUAUCACUAAAACACAAAUGAUCUACAAAAGCUACUCAGUGAUCAAAUAUUUGUAAUGUCAUUGAUUAGAAUUAGUUGGAACAUUAUUUGGCGUAUUUAGAAGAGCUCAGUAUUCAGCUGUGGGAUGUAUCCACCCUAGUGUUUUACUUUAAGAGAAAGCUCAGAGCUUUUGAAGUGACUUCUGUGUGAAGGUUAUGAACAGUUAAUAUCUUACCUGUUGUACAUAACUCCUUGGACAACCUCAGUUGACCCGACUGACAAGACAACGGCUAGUGCAUACCUAAAAACCUCCAAUAAAAGCACAUAUGUAUUAAU